AUGCCCACACUUCAAAAUCUGAAGUGCUGGGUCGAGAAAGCCCGGGCUACCACCAAAUUCCGCGAGCACGAUGUGAGGUACUACGAUGGCGUCGUUCAAUCAUAUCUUGAGAUCCCAAAUGAGCCUGCAGGCUUCUGCAUCCGCCUCGAAACACUCGGAUAUAUUGGCCCUGGCUUACACGCAUUCGUCUAUAUCGACGGCGAAUACCAGACAAACAGAGUCUCACAGUAUCUUUUGCCUCCUAACCACAAAGAUGCUGUGCUUGACUCCAAGGUUUCAAUGGUAAUCCGUGGAAAGGAGAUUCCAAUCGAACCAAAUAGGUUCUUGCAGCGAGCCUUCAAGUUCGAAGAGGUCCACAAAACCAAAGGUAGUAAGUCUGACCGGAGCGAGUCCAAACUUAGUGGCCUCGGCACUAUUGAGGUCGUUGUGCUCCGAUGUGGAAGCCAUUCAGGAGCCGAAGAAUGGCAUAGAGCGUUGAAUGAUAGUCCGAGACGCAAGGAGGCCGUGCUUGUGGAAUCCAGGUCAAGAAGAUUCACUGAAUCCAGCAUCUGUCAAGGAGCACCUGGGUUCUCCAUCCCCGGGUUCUUUGACGGCGCAAAUGACGGGCUCGACUAUGGCAGGGCGACAGCCUUUGGACUAGACGGCAAUCACGAUGAGGAUGACUGUGACUGUCCGAGCGUCGACGAGAGAGUUCCCGCAAACCGGCGUCGCACAUACGAAGUCCCUUACAAUUUGCAACCAGACUCAUAUGGAUACUACCAAAUACCAGGUGCCUAUCAGCCGACGCCUCAGUACUAUCCCUACGAUCCCGCAUAUCCUCCUCCUCUACAGCCAUGGUCGGCUCAUCGGGAAGACCACAUCGGGCGAGAGCGGCACUGGCACGGUCCUCGCGAGGAUACAAGGCGAUACCGCAGUCCAUCUAUGUUCUCGACCUCCGACACUACUUACAGCGGCCCUCACUACGUCAACGCUCCCACCGAUCGUCACCGGACCCACCACCACAUGAAUCAUAAUUAUGACGGACGGCCUCGAUAUUCAGUGUCAGCACGUCGUGAGAGACAUGACCAAGACACCGACCAUUACCAUCAUUGUCGUAAGUGUGGCGGGAAAAGGCCUCCUAAGGAUGACACCAACGAAAACAACUCCGCCCAAGCUGGCUCUAUCGUCGAGCCUGCUAAAAAUCAGCAGCAAGACACGCAGAAUCAGACUUAUGGUGAACACCAGACAAAUCAGGACGACAACGGUGACAACAAUUUCAACAAUGGUUUUGAGAAUUACGACAACGACAAUAACGAGGACAACGAGAGCAACAACGAUGGUCAAAAUCUACCAACCAAUGAUGGAUUCGUCGCAUGGCCAACCGAAGAGGCAAGCUCUGCUAAUGAGCCCAAUUCGAAGACUAGCAGCACCAACGACAGCAGCACAAGUAGCAGUAACAGCAGCACCAGCAGCGCCAGCAAUGCAAGUAGCGACAGCGAGGAUACCGGCAGUGGGAAUUCCAACAACGACGGUAGCAAAUCCACCCGUACCGGUGGACCACGUCAUGAGCCAUUUGUGCAGGACUACUGGAAGAAAUGGGCGUUCAGCCUUCCUCCGGAUCCAGAAGCUCUUUCCUCUGAUGACGAAGCCAACGGGGGAGUCUACGUCGCUAAGAAAGAGGACGUGCCUCGCAUCCCGGAAAAAUACGCUGGAAAGCAUCAGAUUAAGUUCCUGAUGAGGGCAGGGAAGGGGUUCAAAUAUUGGCAUUCAAGUUGUCAAGCACCAACACAAAUCGAUACUCUCGACAGGCCAUUUGCCGUUUUCCGUUUCUUCUAUCGCACCAGGGAUGCUUUGGAAGAUAUCCUGGACCAUCCUCUCGAAGAAGACGACGAUGAUUACAGCAAACGGCUCGAAGAGAUGACGCAAGCAGAGCUUCGUGCGGAGAUCCUACGACUGCGACUCGAGGAUUCGGAGAGUGGCAGCUCGUCCAGCAGCUCGUCCAGCAGCUCGGAAGAAUCUGCUGAGGAAAAAAAUUCCAAGAAGCCCAAGAAGGCGAAGGAAAAGAAAAGGGGGAAGAAGGAGAAGAAGAAGGAGGAGAAAAACUCGAAGAAAAGGAAAGGCUCGAAGAAAAGCAAGAAGGGGACUUCCAAAUCUGAGAAGACAAAGUCCAACUAUGGUGUUUUCGUUCCCGAGCCAGAGGGGGGAGAUGGUGGUUUUGUAGCCCAGGAUAUGACGGCGCCAAAUGAUCCGUGGAGUUGAUGUCGAAGUCCGGUGGCUAGAAAAGUAGGGGGGACCGACACUCGAUCCCAAGCUUCUCCCCAUAUGCAGUCAGACUGGUUUGUUUAUUCAACAAGAGCUCACAUACAAGAUGGCAACAUGUUGAUCGUCGGGGCACAUUUUAGCUCAAGGAAUGCGUGAAGGCGAGG